AUGGCCAAGAUGAUUGCAAACAGGAUGAAACCCCUCCUUGAGUCUAUUAUUUCGGAAUCUCAGAGUGCCUUCCUUCCAGGUAGAUUGAUCAAGGAUAAUAUUCUAAUUGCCUCUGAAGUUGGUCAUUAUCUGAGGAGGAAGCAGUUGGGCCAGGUUGGUUGGGCUGCCUUAAAAUUGGAUAUGGCUAAAGCUUAUGAUAGGAUGGAGUGGUCGUUUGUUAGAGAUAUGCUCUUGGGAUUGGGGUUCGAUGAGAAGUGGGUCAGACUUAUUAUGGUAUGUGUUAACUCAGUAAAGUACAAGGUUUUGGUGAAUGGAAAACCCAACGAUGUCAUUGCCCCAUAUAGGGGUUUGAGGCAGGGGGAUCCCUUAUCUUCGUAUCUACUCAUUAUUUGUGCAAAAGGCUUAUCUUUUGUUAUUGAAGGAUGCCCACGCUAA